AUCGACAGCGGGAGGUGUCAACCGAACAGGUUGAGCUCAGCGGAUCGAAUGUGCGUCGUGCAAAGCUGCCUGCUCUCAUGACGGACGGGGCUGGGUGUUGUGCUGUGCAACGCGAAGACUAUGCUGUGCUACUAUGAGAAGAUUCGAGGGCAAUCCGAGCCAGUUUGAGUUGGGAUGGAUCUUUCUUCCCAGAAAUCCCCUCUCGCGCCGCGUUACUGGGGCGACGAAACGGGGCCUGGAGGGGUCUGGGGUAUAUAUCUCAAGAAAGUUCGUUACCACCCUUCGUCUUCCUACACCAACGGCGAGAACGACGACACCGUCUCCCACCUAGAAUGGGAAACAAUCAAGGUGAAGUCCCUCAAAGCUGGCACGCUAGACGUGAUAGUCGCCUCCCUCGCUGACGAUCAGGGGGAGCUCGAUCCCAACGUUGCACAUAUCGUACUCAGUACCUUCAGGUCAUUCGCGACGACGCGCCGAUUGCUGGACAGUAUAAUACAACGCUACACGGCCAUCAAAGAGUCUAAAAUCAAGGUUGCGGAAGACACAGAGCGGGGGCAUCUUUCGGCUCUUCUACAGACGCUCAGCGAAUGGAUUGACAAGUAUCCCGAAGACUUUUUCGCACCGCCAGACCAUGACGAUCUGCUGGAGCUUCAGCGGUUCGUGAACCUGUGGGCGCCUUCGAGUUCUGUUGAAAGAAAAAUCCAAAGCCGGGUAAAAGAGUUUAGGGCGAAGAAGAGCGCGAGAUUCUUCGAGCCCAAGUCGUGGAUCAACGAGUAUUCUCGUGACCAAAUGAAAAUCGCGCUGCAAUUCGAGGAUAUAGAUAACAAACAUUUCGCCUUACAACUCACUUGGAUGGAUAUGACACUGUUCAAGCGAUUGGUUCCCUACCAUUGCUUAGCUCAUCGGAUGAAGAAGGACGAGAGGUACGGCGAGACAUACAACGACACCGUGAAGCAGUUCAAUUCUGUUGUGAGAAAAGUAAUCUCCAUGAUAGUCAUGGGAGGAGCCGAGGUCAAAGUUACUCAGAGGGCGGAAGUUCUCACCAAAUGGAUAGAAAUCGCGGACGAACUUCGCUACGUUAAAAAUUUCACAUCACUCAAAGCAAUCAUAGCGGCGCUGCAAUCCAAUGAUAUUUAUCGUCUGAGUCGUGUAUGGCAAGCUGUCCCCAAAGAGAAGGCUCAGCGAUUCUCGGAGUUGGCGGCGAUUUUCAGUGAAGACAAUAAUGAAAUGAACGCGCGUUCUCUGCUGCUCAAAGAGGGGACGGCGAAAACAGCCGAUUGGAAGCCGGACAGAGCCAACUCGAAGUCGCCGAAGAACAACAAAACGCAUCAUUUCAAUCAUCAGCCAACGAUAAGCGGGACUAUCCCGUAUCUCGGAACUUUCACCAAAGACCUCACAAUGACGGAUAGCGCGUUGCCGGAGACCACGAAGCAUCCCGACGGCUCCGUGCUCAUCAACUUUGAAAAAAAACGGAGAGAAUUCGAAAUUCUAGCGAAUAUCAGAAUCCUCCAAGGAUCCGCCAAUAGUUACCAGAUUCAGCCCGACCCAGCGUUCCUCGUCUGGUUCGAUAGUAUAGAAAUUCUCCGCGAAGAUGAAAGCUAUGAACUCUCGUGUGAAAUCGAGCCACCGAACCCGAUCACAAUCAAAGAAACUAACUCACGCUCCGAAGGUUUACGGAGAAGCACAUCUGUCAACGAUGCCGUAGCUUUCGGUCACAGGAAGAACCCCUCAACAUCUUCGACGAGCUCGAGCUCGUGUGCUUUAUACUCACAGGACCUGCAGAGUACCAGCGAUGUAUCUUCGAUGCAGUCGUUGGCAGUAGGAGUCGCCGAUAGCAGCGGUUUGGGGAGCCUGUCCGAUUCACGCCUAUCCCAAUCGACGUGUAGUCUCUCUCUGACGCGCAAUGGGCUCUCAACGAACGGGAGACUCGUGGGCAGUCCGGGAUCUAGGAAUCCCGAGGUUCACAUAGCGAAAGUCAGCAUUGCUCAAACCGGAGUCACCCCUCAGCAGGGGCAGAAUCUGUACAAAAGUAUUUUUCUGAGUAAUCGUGAAAGAACGCAGCAAGUCAUCAAAGUCUCUCUGGAAAAAUUCAACAUCACCGAUGAUCCAGGCAAUUAUAUACUCGCCCAACAGGGCCCCGACGGUCAAGAGAUAGUGAUACCUCCCGACACCAAUGUUUUCUACGCUGUCAACAAGUCCUUCGAUCUGAACUUCGUUCUCAAGCACCGUUCGCUCCAACGGCCUACGGGACCGAGUCUGUUGAAACACAAGUCAUCCAGUAUGUCCCUACUACUUAGACGGAAGUUCUGACAUCCCGUGGCGGGAGCCAUUCAAGGUUCUUAGAUUGUCUCUCCCGCUCCCGACAAGCUAAAAGUCUUGGAGACAAAACAUUGCUCAGCCGAUUAAUGUAUGGGGGAAAGGAAGUGCCGUUCAAAGUACCGACCGAGUGGAUGAACAGUGAACAGUGCAUGAACAAGUGUGUACAUUUUUUGAUUUCCCACCGCGACCGGUAGGAAUGCCGUUAUAUCAGUGAUGAUGAGAAGAAUGGUUGUUGUUAAUUGUUGUUGUAGUUGUAUUGUAGCAGAGAAGAAUCUAUCAGGGAAAAUCCAGAGAUCUUUCAUGAGGAUUUCUGAUGCUUUUUUUUAUUGAUCUUUCGAUCACAAAUCUAUCGGAGAAUGAUGUAUGUAACUAUAUAUUUAUACACGUACCGUCACACAAAUCGCGGCUAUCCGUGAAGACUCUCGAAAGGCUCUAUUCUCUCAAGGCUCAUCGCCUCAGAUUUCUGUUCGAUGACCGAGUAUGCGGAAUGCUGCCCCACAAAUCCGUGGUGAAUGCGAAACGAGGUGGAAAUUAUCGGAUGCAAAGGGCCCACGGAUCUUUCCGGGCUGACUCUAUGAGCCCGGAGGGGCAACGAUCGAAUAAUAAUUGAAUAAUGCGAUCAGGGUUCUAGCGCCCGGACCGAACGCCGAUGGGUUCCCCGUCGGCUUAAGUUAUCUGAGUUCUUUUCCAUUUUCAACAUCGAGAGAAAUAUUAUUUAACUAAUAAAAGCUGUAAAUGGAGAA